AUGCUUGUAGAUGAGGUUCUUUUUAAUUAGGUGGAAAUAUUGGGUAAAAAUGCAGGAGUAUUGAAUGUAGUUAAGAAUGUACCUUUAAGAAAUUACAUUCUCAGAUUAGAAGUUGUAUUGCCAAAUGGAAAGAUCUUAAAUUUAUUGAAAAAAAAACAGAAAGGAUAACACUAGAACUGA